GGUUUGGACUCAUUUUUGACUUCAAAGUUCAAACACAACAACAAUGCUCUCUGCUCUGAAAUUCAAUUCAAAAGCUCUCACUCAUUUCCUUUCAGGCUCUCUCUUCCUUUCUUCGAAACCUUUCGCUUUUAGUUGCAGUUAAGAUCUGCCAAAUACAGCACUACAUUUCCCACCAGUUCACUUCAACCAAACCCCAUUGCUCAUUUUCACCUCACCCCAAGCUCCCAAAGCUUGGACCUUUAGAUCCGGCCAUGCUCAGCCUCCGGCCCCGCCGUGACUCCACUCCGGCCACCACCAAAUGGCACAACAAGUUUGAGGAGAAUUUGGAGCAGUGGCCACAUCUGAAGGAGCUGGUGCAAUGUUACACUACUGACUGGGUUAAGGAUGACAACAAGUAUGGCCAUUACGAGAGUGUUGGCCCGCCGGCGUUUCAGAACCAGAUAUAUGAGGGUCCUGACACUGAUAUUGAGACUGAAAUGCACCUUGCCGGUGCUAGGCGAACCAAGGCAGACGAUACCACUGAUGAUGAUUUACCAAGUACCUCAGGGCGCCAAUUUACGGAUGUAGUACCCUCUGAUUCAGCUCACUCCAAUGAUCCAAAGCAUUGUGGUCAAUCUCCUCUCCCUGCUUAUGAGCCAGCUUUUGAUUGGGAAAAUGAACGAUCAUUGAUAUGCGGUCAAAGGGUUCCAGAAACUCCAAUAUCUCAUGGCUUGAAGAUUUCAGUGAAAGUUCUAUCCCUUUCAUUUCAAGCAGGACUAGCUGAGCCAUUUUAUGGUACAAUUUGCUUAUAUAAUAGGGAGAGAAGAGAAAAGUUGUCAGAAGAUUUCUAUUUUCGUCAUGCACCCACUGAAAUACAGAAUAUUUCUAUUGAACCACGUGGAAUCUUCUAUCUGGAUGCUCCAUCAUCAUCAGUUUGUCUUCUAAUCCAGUUAGACAAGCAUGCCACAGAAGAAGGCGGGGUUACACCUACAGUUUAUUCUCGUAAAGAACCGGUACAAUUGACUGAAAAAGAAAAGCAAAAACUGCAGGUCUGGUCUCAAAUAAUGCCUUACAGAGAGUCCUUCGCCUGGGCUAUUGUUUCAUUAUUUGAUAACAGCAUUGGUGCAGCUUCUGGUGGGUCUGCUUCACCAAGCAGUCCUCUUGCUCCUAGUAUAUCAGGUAGCUCUCACGAGGGUGUGUUUGAGCCCAGUGCUAAAGUCACAUUAGAUGGGAAAGCUGGUUAUUCAAGUCGAAGCUCAGUUAUUGUCGAAAUAUCAAACUUAAUCAAAGUUAAAGAAAGCUAUACUGAGGACGCACUUCAGGAUCCCAAACGCAAGAUUCAUAAACCUGUGAAAGGCGUUUUGAGGCUGGAAAUCGAGAAGCACCAGAAUGACCAUGUUGACUUGGAAAAUUUAUCAGAAAGUGGUAGUGUGACGAAUGAUUCAAUUGAUGAUCGCUUAAACGAUUCCACAUUUGGGAAGCUCCCAAGUAAUGGUUUGGAUGGUCCUCAAGGAAGCAGUUCUAAGUGGAAUUCUUUUGAUACCAAAGAGAUUUCUGAAAUUGGAUCAAAUGCUCAUGGAAAUCCUGUUACUGGUCCUGAUGAUUUUCAAGCUUUCGACUUCCGUACUACAACAAGGAAUGAGCCUUUCUUGCAGCUUUUCCAUUGUCUUUAUGUAUAUCCCAUGACUGUUAGUUUAAGUCGGAAGAGGAAUUUGUUCAUAAGGGUUGAACUUCGGGAGGAUGAUAAUGAUAUUCGUGGACAGCCUUUAGAGGCAAUGUAUCCAAGGGAGCCAGGUGCAUCACUACAGAAGUCGGCUCACACCCAAGUUACUGUGGGGGCAAGGGUAGCAUGUUACCAUGAUGAGAUCAAACUUUCCCUCCCUGCUACAUGGACACCAACACAUCAUCUCUUGUUUACUUUCUUUCAUGUUGAUCUUCAAACGAAGUUGGAAGCACCAAAACCUGUAAUAAUUGGAUACGCGGCACUUCCACUGUCCACACAUGCACAAUUGCGAUCUGAAAUUUCGUUGCCAGUUAUGAAGGACUUGGUUCCGCAUUAUCUUCAGGAUAUGGGCAGAGAGAGGUUGGAUUAUUUGGAAGAUGGAAAGAAUAUUUUCCGGUUGCGCUUAAGACUUUGUUCGUCCUUAUACCCGAUAAAUGAGCGAAUAAGAGACUUCUUCCUUGAAUAUGAUAGACACACUCUUCGAACAAGCGCACCCUGGGGUUCAGAACUUCUUGAGGCUAUCAACAGUUUGAAGAAUGUUGAUUCCAUUGCUUUGCUUCAAUUUCUCCAUCCAAUUUUGAACAUGCUUCUCCAUCUAAUAGGCAAUGGUGGAGAAACCCUUCAGGUUGCAGCUUUCAGAGCCAUGGUUAAUAUCGUUACCCGGGUGCAGCAGGAAUCAGUUGAUGAUGCGGAAAGAAACCAUUUCCUCGUCAACUAUGUUGAUUAUGCUUUUGAUGACUUUGGGGGUCGUCAACCACCAGUUUAUCCUGGUUUGUCAACUGUUUGGGGAAGUUUGGCCCGUAGUAAGGCUAAAGGAUAUCGUGUUGGACCUGUGUAUGAUGAUGUUUUAGCAAUGGCUUGGUUCUUCCUUGAGCUAAUUGUCAAGUCAAUGGCAUUGGAAAAGAUGCGACUCUUCUAUCAUAAUCUUCCAUUAGGCGAAGAUAUUCCGCCUAUGCAAUUGAAAGAAGGUGUAUUUAGAUGCAUAAUGCAGUUGUAUGAUUGCCUACUAACUGAGGUACACGAACGUUGUAAGAAGGGACUGGGCUUGGCAAAGCGUUUAAAUAGCAGUUUGGCUUUCUUCUGUUAUGACCUCUUGUCGAUUAUCGAACCUCGCCAAGUUUUUGAAUUGGUGUCCUUGUACCUUGACAAAUUUUCUGGGGUAUGUCAAUCUGUUUUGCACGAUUGCAAACUCACAUUUUUGCAAAUCAUUUGUGAUCAUGAUCUUUUUGUGGAAAUGCCUGGGAGAGACCCUUCUGAUAGGAACUACCUCUCAUCUGUUCUGAUCCAAGAGCUUUUUCUUACUUGGGAUCAUGAUGAUUUAGCUUUGCGAGCAAAGGCCGCUAGAGUUUUAGUAGUGCUGUUGUGCAAGCAUGAGUUUGAUGCUCGAUACCAGAAGCCUGAAGAUAAAUUGUAUAUUGCCCAGCUAUAUUUUCCACUUAUCGGACAGAUUCUAGAUGAAAUGCCAGUCUUUUACAAUCUUAAUGCUGUUGAAAAGCGUGAAGUCUUGGUUGCUAUUCUACAAAUUGUAAGGAACCUUGAUGAUGGUUCACUUGUCAAGGCAUGGCAGCAGAGCAUCGCUAGAACUAGACUAUUCUUCAAACUCAUGGAGGAAUGCCUUGUUCUAUUUGAGCACAGAAAACCUGCUGAUGGCAUGCUUAUGGGUUCUAGUUCUCGAAGUCCUGUUGGGGAUGGCCCUGCUUCUCCCAAGUAUUCUGAUCGACUUUCUCCUGCAAUCAACAACUAUCUUUCUGAGGCAUCCCGACAAGAAGUCAGACCUCAAGGUACACCUGAAAAUGGUUACUCAUGGCAAAGAGUUAAUUCUCAGUUAAGCUCUCCUAGCCAGCCAUAUUCCUUGAGAGAAGCUCUCCUUCACGCACAAUCUUCCAGGAUUGGAGCGUCUGCUCAAGCACUUAGAGAAUCUUUGCAUCCAAUAUUGAGGCAAAAAUUGGAGCUCUGGGAAGAAAAUUUGAGUGCUUCUGUUAGUCUUCAGGUUUUGGAAAUUACUGAGAAGUUUACCGUGAUGGCAGCAUCACAUAGCAUCGCUACUGACUACGGAAAAUUUGAUUGCGUCACAGCCAUAUUCAUGAGCUUCUUCUCUCGAAAUCAAUCACUGACGUUCUGGAAAUCAUUACUUCCUGUCUUCAACAGCGUCUUCAAUCUUCAUGGCGCAACUUUGAUGUCAAGGGAAAAUGACCGCUUCUUAAAGCAAGUUACUUUCCAUCUUCUUCGACUUGCAGUGUUCCGAAAUGAUAAUAUUAGAAAAAGGGCUGUUAAUGGGCUCCAGAUACUCAUGAGGAGUUCUUUUUACUACUUUAUGCAGACAGCAAGGCUGAGGGCCAUGCUGAUCAUCACAUUAUCAGAGUUGAUGUCUGAUGUACAAGUGACUCAGAUGAAGGCUGAUGGAACACUAGAAGAGAGUGGUGAAGCGCGGCGCCUCCGCAAAUCACUAGAGGAAGUGGCAGAUGAAGCUAAGAGUCCCAGUCUAUUGAGAGAGUGUGGACUUCCUGAAAGUGCCUUAUUAGAAAUUCCUGAAAAAAUGACUGAAAAUAGGUGGUCCUGGUCAGAUGUGAAAUAUCUCUCUGACAGUCUUCUUCUUGCUCUUGAUGCCAGCUUGGAGCAUGCACUCCUGGGCUCUUUGAUGACUAUGGAUAGGUAUGCGGCUGCAGAAAGCUUUUAUAAACUGGCCAUGGCAUUUGCCCCUGUCCCAGAUCUCCAUAUAAUGUGGCUACUUCAUUUAUGUGAUGCACAUCAAGAAAUGCAGUCGUGGGCAGAGUCUGCUCAGUGUGCUGUCGCUGUGGCUGGUAUCGUAAUGCAGGCAUUGGUAGCUAGAAAUGAUGGUGUUUGGAGCAAAGAUCACAUAACUGCUCUACGUAAAAUUUGUCCCAUGGUCAGUAGUGAGAUCAGCUCUGAGGCCGCUGCAGCUGAGGUUGAGGGAUAUGGUGCAUCAAAACUUACUGUUGACUCUGCUGUGAAGUACCUACAACUCGCAAAUAAGCUCUUUUCACAAGCUGAACUUUUUCAUUUCUGUGCAAGCAUUUUGGAACUUGUUAUUCCAGUCUAUAAAAGCAGGCGGGCAUACGGACAGCUGAGCAAAUGUCACACAAUGCUCACUAAUAUAUAUGAAUCAAUCCUUGAACAGGAAUCAAGCCCAAUUCCAUUCACUGAUGCAACAUACUAUAGAGUGGGGUUUUAUGGUGAUAGAUUUGGAAAAUUGGACAGGAAGGAAUAUGUAUACAGGGAGCCACGGGAUGUAAGACUAGGUGACAUAAUGGAGAAACUUAGCCACAUCUACGAGUCUAGGAUGGACGGAAAUCACACCUUACACAUCAUUCCAGACUCUAGGCAGGUAAAGGCAGAUGAGUUACAGCCUGGAGUAUGCUAUCUGCAGAUAACUGCUGUUGAUCCAGUCAUGGAAGACGAAGAUUUGGGAAGCAGAAGGGAGAGAAUCUUUUCUCUUUCAACGGGAAGUGUUCGUGCACGAGUCUUUGACCGUUUUUUGUUUGAUACACCUUUUACAAAAAAUGGAAAAAGUCAAGGUGGAUUGGAAGACCAGUGGAAGAGGCGGACUGUUCUUCAGACUGAAGGUUCAUUCCCAGCUCUCAUUAACAGGCUUGUAGUAACUAAAUCCGAAUCGCUUGAGUUCUCCCCUGUAGAAAAUGCCAUUGGAAUGAUUGAAACUAGGACGGCUGCUCUACGUAAUGAACUCGAAGAGCCUCGCAGUUCUGAGGGAGAUCAACUCCCACGUCUCCAGAGCCUACAGAGAAUUCUUCAAGGAAGUGUUGCAGUUCAGGUCAAUAGUGGGGUACUAAGUGUUUGUACUGCAUUCCUUUCUGGAGAGCCAGCAACAAGGUUGAGGUCACAAGAAUUGCAGCAACUCAUUGCUGCGCUCCUUGAGUUUAUGGCUGUAUGCAAGCGUGCCAUCCGUGUACACUUCAGAUUGAUCGGUGAGGAAGAUCAAGAAUUCCACACACAGCUUGUGAAUGGAUUUCAAUCAUUAACUGCUGAGUUAUCUCAUUAUAUCCCUGCCAUCCUCUCCGAGCUGUGACAUUAUUGUAUCAUAAUUACAGGCAUUGGUUCAUUAGUUCUUUUUUGGCCUUAGUGGUGUUGUUGCUUGUGUCGAUUUUUCCCCAGAUUCAAAUCUAGUGUGCAACAUAUUCCAUCGUUGAUGAGACCCAUGUAUCAGCAGCAUGAACUAUCAAAAUUGUUUAUAUCCGCUUUGUGCUUGUUAAGUUAUUGAGUGUAAAUUCA